ACAGCACCAAUCGAAAACUAAGUGGAGUACACACUAUACCAAUGCCCACACGUUUAUUCUGUUUUCGGUCUGACUCUGAAGUUUUGUGUGAGGCAUGCUAAAAGCGGAACGCGUUUCAAUGCGAGCAAAGCACGUCCAAACAAGGAAUUUAUUUUGAUUUCUAUGUGUUUUUAGGGUAAACGAAACCUUUGAAAUAACUGGAACAUCAGAGACAAGAAGAAGCAAGGCUUUCAAUUUGAUCGAAACUACGGUAAUUUUUAACACGCCUAAAUGCCUUUAGUUGUUUGUUAGUGGGGGAAUCUUGGAAGAAUUUAAUUUAUAAGCCCAAAGAUGUACGAUAUAAACCAAAAGACCAUUUUCGUAUUGGAUCAUACCCAGUAUUUCAGUAUAUCCAGUGAAGAUUAUGUGCCGCUGGACUUUCUAAAGGGAAAGUCAAAUAAUCCAUCCGAUCCGCCGCUACCGGCAUCAUCACAACAAAAUCUACAAUUUAGUAAAAGUUUAUGGACAUCCUCGGUGGAGUCCUCCAUUGAAUAUUGUCGCAUUGUUUGGGAUCUCUUUCCACGCGGCAAGUUGAUACGUUUCAUUGUCAGUGAUACGGCCGCACACAUAGUGAAUACAUGGAAAUUUGCCACACAAAAUAUGUCGCAUGUGCUGAAUGCCAUGGCCCUGGUGGGUGUGCCACAAUGGAAUGCACCCCAAUCAUCGGAUUAUUCUGUAAUACAUGGUCUGAGGGCAGCCAUAGAAGCGCUGGCUGAACCAACUGAACAGCAAUUGAUUUUGAUGCAGAAUCAAGAGGCCGGAGCAACAGGUUUGGAGAAAAUUCCCAACAAAGGCAGGGUUAUUUGCAUUACAUCGGCCCGGGACAAUCCGAGUAUGAAAAGCUUGGAAGAUAUUUUCCACAAUGUCCUGCUGCAGCAGAACACUGUGGCUAUGGCACAGAAGAAAAUCUUACCUAUUGAUCAUUGUCAUUUGGUCAUAAUCAAUAUGGUGCCGAUGAAUAAGGAAACAUUGGUAACGAACAGGGCGAAAAAAGAUCUAUCGCCAUGUUUGUCGACAGAAAUUCACACAACAAGUGCUCCCGAGAUUUCCAAUAAGUUGACACAUUUGAUAAUGAGUCAUUAUGAUUUGGCCAGUACAACGGUGACGGGGAUACCCAUGAAGGAGGAACAAAACGCCAAUUCCAGCGCAAAUUAUGAUGUGGAAAUUCUACAUGCUCGCAAUGCCCACACCGCAAUAUGUGGCAAUGAAGCUCUGCUACCCACUAGCAUAAAAGAGGGGGCUGAAUAUGAAACGGUGACACUGAAAUGGUGUACACCGCGCGGUUGUGGAGCCUCUGAUAUGUCAGCUUGUCCUCCGUGUUUGGCCCAACAUCGUGUUACUCCCGUUGAUGUGACAAGUAGGCCCUCAUCUUGUCUCAUCAAUUUCCUGUUAAAUGGUCGUUCUGUGCUGCUGGAAAUGCCAAGGAAAACUGGCGGUAAAACCACCAGUCAUUUGUUGUCGGCCCGCGGAGGAGAAAUUUUCAUACAUGCUCUGCAAAUUACCCGUUCCUGUCUGGAGGAUCCGCCAUCUAUAUCAGAGGGUCCUGGUGGCCGUAUAACAGAUUAUCGCAUAGCCGAUUUUGCCGCCUUCAUUAAAGCCCACCGUUUGGUGCCAUUAAAAUCCAAAGUCAAACCAGAAGACAAUUUGCACAUUGCCCGGGAACGUUUGUACAACAGAUCGUUAUACUUUCCUCUUACCCUAUCGACGACAAUUGUUUUCAAUCUACAACGUUCCCUAGCCUGGUUGCCAAAUUUUCUAAGGAAAAUCGCCAAAGAAGAUAUGGACAAAACGGACGAAAUACAAUGUCAACAAAAUAUAUAUGAUCUCUAUACGGCCUCGACCAGAAGGGAGUUAUUGCCAUUUUCAAAUUUGAAUGCCAACAGAAUAAAAGGCCACAAGAAGGUGGAUCAAUAUAAAUUAUUUUGUGCUGAAUUGGAGGUAAUCAUAAAAAGUUGUGCCUCCACACCGUAUCAUAAAAAAAUACUGGAGAAUAUACAAAAUGUAAGGGCAGCCUGUGGUGAUGCAACCGUUAAAUCAGAAUUGGAUGCCACAAGUGAUCCCAGUGGUAAGACCAUAAUAAGAGCCACAACCGAUUCCCCAUUGUCACCACCGCAUUCCAUGGACACCAGCAGUUCGGGCACUGGUCAUAUAUCAAAGGCAACUAAGCGAAAUUUCAGCAAUGUGGGCCAAAGAUCCCUGUUUGAUAUUGUGUCAAGUGCUGAACGUUCACAGUGCAGUAAACGUACUGACUUUUCGGGACGUUUGUGUACACCGUUGGGUCAGGUGGCUAAACUUUAUCCAGAUUUUGGCUUAAAAGAUGCUGAUGGUUCAGCGACAACAGCAACACCAGUAAAGGAAGAAACGUUGGGUAUUAAAUUGGAAGUACCUGGCAUAAGGACCUAGUUCUACUUAAAAUUGGAAAGGAAUUCUUAUAAGUCUUUGGAAAAUAAAUAUAAGUUUUUGAAAGCGAA